AUGCGGUGGAAAACUUCCUCCAACCACACCCAAACCCUCGCUGCUCACUGUCUCUCCCGCUUCGAAGAAGCCGUCCCCGUCCUCGAACGCGCCAUCCAAGUCCCCGACGUCUCUCGUGGCGCAGUUGAUCACGCCCUCGCUGCCUUCUCCGGCUUCAUGCAACUCGGCGACACCUUCUCCAUGCUCGGCCAUGUCGACAGAUCCAUCUCUUCCUACGACCAGGGCCUCCAGAUUCAGAUCCAAGCCCUCAACAACACUUAUUAUUAUCCAUGUUUGCGUUUAACUCAUGGGCGGAAGGUUUUACAGGUCCGGCCAGUGAUUGAUUGGGAUAAGGGAAAAGCUGUCACAUUUCUACUUGAGUCACUUGGUGAGACUCAACACAAUUGUGAUGACGUGCUAGCAAUAUAUGUUGGAGAUAAUGUCAUGCCUCAAAUUGUCCUCUUUGCUUUGAGAGAAGUUAAUAAAGGUUGUGGCAUCUUAGUGUCCCCCGUCCCAAAAGAAACCAACGCAGUUUACUCUCUUCGUGAUCUCUCAGAGGUGAUGGAAUUUCUGACAUCACUUGCGGGAUGGAAAUCAAACAUUCAAGGUCGUUGAAAAGCUUUACAUGGUGUAUAUAUUGGAAAUUCCUUAUUUAUUGUAUUUAGACUUGUGUAUAUUUGGUUUAUUUGAUUGUUUAUACUUGUGUGGUAGCUGUAAAUUCCUCGCUGAGAAUUAUAUAUAUUGGAAAGAUUAAGGAAAAUCUGCUCAGAGGGUUUUUUUGGUUCCCCCGUUAG